AAUGGAAUCAGAACCCAUUUUUCAACAGCCAAAGUAUGCAGAAUCCACAAAUUUCCCAUUCUAGGCCUCUUUAUCUAUCAUUCUUGCACGCACGAGCAGAUCACUUCCUCGCUGAGCGUGCGAAUUAACCUUAAUUAUUGAUUUAUUCAAAUAAAAACAUACAAGUUAUCACUUUUUGAUCUCUGAUUCCAAGAGGAGGUGGAGAAAGAUGGCCCUAAAACGUCUUCUUGUUCAGAAAAGUGAUAUAGCUGCUUCCUGGGACAGUUAACGUUUUUGAGUGGAAUAACUGCUACAAUCUGAUGAAUUUGUCUCGAAGCAAUGUCCGAAAUCAGGGCUUAUAAAAAGCUUGUAUUCUAGAUCUUGUAUUCUAGAGCUUCCAAAUGGUCAAAGAAGGUUUCAGUCCGGCUAUGUGGGAAGUCUUGCAAGAAAGUUUCGUGAGCGUGAUGUAGAUGGAUCAGGCGGUGCAGCUUAUCUUAGGGAACUUUAUUAUAGAAAUGAUCCAGAGGCAGUGAUUAGACUUUUUGAAAGUCAACCUUCAUUGCACUCUAAUCCUUCAGCACUUAAAGAAUAUGUAAAGGCCCUGGUCAAAGUUGAUAGAUUAGAUGAAAGUGAAUUACUCAAGACAUUACAAAGAGGAAUGGCAAGCUCAGGUAACUCAACGUUCAAUGAAAACUAUAUCGGUGGGCUUUCAGCUUUAAAAAAUGUGGGGAAAUCAACAAAAGAAGGCGUAUUAGGAACUGCUGCCACUCCUAUACAUAUGGUGGCUACUGAAGGAGGAAGUUUUAAAGAACAAUUAUGGAGAACAGUUCGUGCUUUAGGCCUUGGUUUUUUACUGAUUUCUGGUGUUGGGGCGCUCAUUGAAGAUAGAGGGAUCACUAAAGGACUCGGACUACAUGAGGAGGUGCAGCCCACUAUGGAAUCUAACACAAAGUUUAGUGAUGUGAAGGGUGUCGACGAGGCAAAAGCUGAACUCGAAGAAAUCGUUCACUAUCUUCGCGACCCUAAGCGGUUCACUCGUCUUGGUGGGAAGCUACCAAAAGGUGUUUUGCUUGUGGGUCCACCUGGGACAGGAAAGACGAUGUUAGCCAGAGCUAUAGCAGGAGAAGCCGGUGUGCCGUUUUUCUCAUGCAGUGGUAGUGAGUUUGAAGAAAUGUUUGUUGGUGUUGGGGCCCGCAGGGUUAGAGAUCUUUUUUCUGCCGCAAAAAAGGGGUCACCGUGUAUUAUUUUCAUAGAUGAGAUAGAUGCCAUUGGAGGAAGCCGUAACCCUAAGGACCAACAAUACAUGAAGAUGACUUUAAAUCAGUUGCUUGUUGAGUUAGACGGUUUUAAACAAAAUGAGGGCAUUAUUGUUAUUGCUGCAACCAACUUCCCGGAGUCGUUGGAUAAGGCACUGAUCAGACCUGGUCGGUUUGACCGUCGUGUGGUGGUUCCAAAUCCCGAUGUUGAAGGCAGGAGGCAAAUCAUGGAAUCUCACAUGACUAAGAUCUUAAAGGCGGAUGACGUGGAUUUGGCCGUAAUUGCUAGAGGAACACCUGGAUUCUCUGGUGCUGAUCUGGCAAACUUGGUUAACGUUGCUGCUCUCAAGGCUGCAAUGGACGGUGCUAAAGCUGUAAGCAUGGCUGACCUUGAAUAUGCAAAAGACAAAAUCAUGAUGGGCAGUGAACGCAAAUCAGCAGUUAUAUCAGAUGACGUCCGUAAGCUAACAGCAUACCAUGAAGGUGGCCAUGCUCUUGUAGCUAUUUACACUGAUGGGGCCCACCCUGUGCACAAAGCUACAAUUGUGCCACGUGGCAUGGCUCUUGGUAUGGUGGCCCAGUUACCUGAAAAAGACGAAACAAGUGUGUCACGAAAAGAAAUGCUUGCUAGACUUGAUGUUUGUAUGGGUGGAAGAGUUGCGGAAGAGUUAAUUUUCGGUGAAGAUGAAGUUACUUCGGGCGCGUCUUCUGAUCUUGAACAAGCCACUCAUCUUGCUCGAGCGAUGGUUACAAAAUACGGCAUGAGCAAACAGGUCGGUGUGGUGGCUCAUGAUUACGACGAUGACGGAAAAAGCAUGAGUACCGAAACUAGGCUUUUAAUUGAAAACGAAGUGCGGGAAUUAUUGGAGCGGGCUUAUAAUAAUGCGAAGAACAUUCUGACGACUUAUAGUAAUGAACACCAUGCGCUUGCUAAUGCAUUGCUUGAACGCGAGACGUUGUCUGGAAAACAAAUAAAAGAAAUGCUUGCUCAGUUAAAAUCAAAGCCGAAUCAACUGCAGCAACAUGUUGCUCAAUUGAAAUCACAGUCUAUGCCGAAUGCUGCUGUGGCGGCAGCUGCCGCCGCCGCGAGUGCUGCCGCCAAGGCGAAAGGUAUUGCUCCUGUGGGGUCUUAAAUUCUUAAUAAUUGAUAUUGGUGAUAUUCUUGAACCAAUGUGCAUACGAACUAACGGUGCCUUCGGCUUAUUUGAUGAAAUGUGUGAUCUGGACAUAAAGGUAAGUCAUAGAAAGACAAAUUUAGCAUAAAAAUAUACAAGUGAAGCUGUUAUUUCAGAAUAGUUAAACGGGUAUCUUCCCCCUUAAGGUCUGAUAUUCUUGUGACGGACAAUAAUGAGUUUUGCCGUAUCAUCGUUACAUCGACUCAAAAACAUAUUGGCAUUCAUCCUCUGUUGGUAUGCUUUGUGUUCUCACAACAUUUAUACAAAUAAUUUGGAAGAUGAAGCGCGUGUAAUCUAUAUCCAUAUGGUCCAUCGGAGUAUUUAUAUUUCUUAUACAUGACCUGUAUUUUAACUUUUUUAAUCAAAUAAUUUCUUUUAUAGCUCUCUUUUAUAUCAACUAAUCAAAUAAUUUCUUUUA